UCUGAGCGGACUGCAGAACAGUACCGCAUCUCAAGCCCGCUUUCGGAAGCACAGCUGAAGCAGAUCCUCACCUAUGUGCGUAGCCAAGCUCAACAGCCUAGUCCAGAGCCAGAGGCGGACGAACGGCGAGCAGAGGGCCAAGCACCACAAGAGGACGAAUGGCAGCGAGACGGCACAGACCCGUGGGCCAGGGACAGAGCCGCAGCCGGCUCAGUGUCCAGCAGGGCCCCCGAGCGAGCUGACCAGGAUCGCUGGUGGCAGGGCCGCUGGAGUUGGAGCGGAGCCCAAAACGACGGCAACUGGAAGUGGGACGACUCCAAGGACGGCGGCUGGAGCUGGAAAGAAAGGGGUCGCGACUUUGCGGACCCCGAGCCAUGGGCCGGAUGGCCAGAAUACAAGCUAUGGCGACGAAAGGUCAUGAGGUGGCGCCAGAGCACAGACGUCGGCGAGACCAAGCACGCCGACCGCAUCUUGAAGGCGCUGCCCAUCGACCUCCAGAGGAAGCUAGAGGACAUUCCGGAUGAGGUUAUCAUGUCGCGGGAAGGCGCUCAGAGGGUGAUAGAUCGUUUGGACCUCCUGAGUGGCGAGCGCGUCGGGGACGAGAAGCGCAAGGCCGCGAGGGAGUGCCUUUUCUCCUUCCAGAGACGUCAGGGCGAGGGCCUUACCGAGUACGCCGCGAGAAUAGACCUAGCCUUCGACCGAGUCGGCACAUUGGGCUUGCCCGUGCCAGAAGACUGGAAGUUCAUGUUCUUGGAGGAGGGCGUAGGACUCGACGAGCGUGGCCAGCAGCUGAUGAAGGUUCUUAUGGCCACGAAGGACUCGUAUCCGGACGCCCUCAAGGCCAUCCGAGAGAUGGACGUCACAAGAAAGGGGCAUCUUGCCCACCAGAGGGCACGAACAUACCACACCGACCGAGGAUCAGCGUCGUCGUGGACAUCACAAUGGACGAACAAUGAGCCCAGCUACUCCGUGGAGGACGACGAGGAUGACUCGAUGGUGGACUACGAUGACGUCUCGUCCCUCAACACAGAGGGAGAGAAUGAGAUAUACCUGGCCAUCGAGAACUUGAAUCUAUACGACGACGAGCUUCCGGUGGUGUUCGCCAGUAUGCAGGAGGACAGGCGGAAAACGUGGAAGCAGAACAGAGAGCUCAAGCGGAAAAUGAAGGUCGAUCGCAGGUUCUUCGACAGGACGAAGGAGACGGUCAAAGUGUCGACCUCACGUGAGAACAGAGGAGGGAUCACGAACGUCACUGGCUUCGUCUUCGCGAACGUGUUGGAUCCUGUCGUGUCGGAGACGGAGCAGAACGAGAGGGACCGGGCCGCGCAGGCGACGGUGCUGCUCACGGUGGAGGCCGGCGAGGCAUAG